AUGCAAUUUAAGGUAAUUGUCAUUGAACUUUGUGUUUCUCAUUUGUUACAACCUCUUUUUGUUUGUAGGGUCAGAAGAUCACCAGUAUACUUUGGGGAUUUCAAAAUUUCUGAUUUAAAUAAUGUGCAGCGUCGGAAGAGAUUUUGGAAAACUGCUCAUGAAACUGUUCAUAAGUACAAAAAAAUUAACAAGGACAAUCAGUGUAAAAUUCGUAGACAAAGAAAUAAAAUAAAAAGUCUGAAUAGUCUGGUAGAUGAACUACUUAAGGAAAAGAGAAUAUCUGCAGCUCAGUCAAUAGAAAGUCUCCCAGAAACCAAAAAGCAACUGCUUUUCAGGCAGUUGAAAAAAGGAAAAUCUAACAAGUAUAGCCCAGAAUUAAGGUGUUUUGCACUAACAUUGAAUUUUUAUUCAUCAUCAGCAUACAACUAUGUUAGAAAAAUAUUUGGAAAAAGUGUUCUACCACAUCCACGCACACGUUCAAAAUGGUAUAGUGUGUAGAUGGUACACCUGAAUAUAAUGCAGAAGCACUUCGUGCUAUCAAAAUUAAGGUGGAUGUUGAUAAACAAAAGGGAAAACAGCUUGUUGGUGCCUUGAUGAUGGAUGAAAUGUAUAUUCGUCAGCUUGUACAUUGGAGAAAAUACAUAUAAUAUUAGAUGCUUGUCACAUGAUUAAAUUGGUGCGUAAUACUUUAGGUGACUAUGGUGUUUUAAAAGAUGGAGGAGGGAAUGAUAUUAGGUGGGAAUAUUUCAAACAGCUUGUCAACUUGCAAGAGGAUACAGGUCAGGUUAGAUAAUUUGUUUAGUUAGUGUGAAAAACUUAUUUGAGGAUUUGGUGAAAGGUGAAGUAUUAAAUUUUUUAUUGACAUAUAAAUUAAGCCAGGAUCAUUUGGACAUGUUUUUUGCAGCAAUACGCAGUAGAGAAGGAUUUUAAAAUAAUUCAACAGCUCUCUCUUUCUCUCUCUCUCUCUAGUAGUAGUAUGUGAGGAUGUUGCUAAUUGUUGUUUAUGUAUUGAAUGAG